AUGGAUCUGUUGCCGCACAACGCCCUUGUCCUCUCAGUCUACAUUUUCGCAUUCCUGACCGGCCUCCCAUCCAACCUCCUGGCUCUCUACACGUUCCUGCUGAAAGUCCGCCAGAAGCCGGCCCCCAUCGACAUCCUCUUACUCAACCUGACCAUUUCUGACAUUAUCCUCCUGCUUUUUCUGCCCUUCAAGAUGGUGGAGGCCGCCUCGGGCAUGACUUGGCCGCUCCCCGACUUCCUCUGCCCUCUCACCGGCUUUUGCUACUACAGUAGCAUCUAUAUCAGCACUCUGUUCCUGACGGCAGUUAGCGUGGAGCGCUACUUGGGUGUGGCUUAUCCCAUCAAAUACAAGUUGAACCGCAGGCCGGCCUAUGCGGUGGUGGCCAGUAUCUUCUUCUGGCUCUUGGCCUGUUCCCACUGCAGCAUUGUCUACAUUGUCCAAUACCAGGUGGCCGGCCUCAACGAGACCAGCCUCAAUCCUUCCAACAUCUCCAAAUGCUACGAGAAGUUCUCCCCCGGCCAACUCCGCAUCCUCCUCCCUGUCCGGCUGGAACUCUGCCUCUCCCUGUUCUGCCUCCCGUUCCUCAUCACCCUCUUCUGCUACGUCAACUUGAUCCGCAUCCUGACCUCUUUGCCCAACAUCCAGGCCCGCAGGAAGCAACGGGCCGUGGGUCUGGCCGUGGCCACUUUGCUCAAUUUCGCCAUCUGCUUUGCCCCGUACAACAUAUCCCACAUCGUGGGCUUCAUCCAGAACCAGAGCCCACCUUGGAGAGUGUAUGCUUUGCUCCUCAGCACCCUCAACGCCUCUUUGGACCCAGCUAUCUUCUACUUUUCCUCCACUGCCAUCCAGCAGACUUUUGCCAGAUGUUUUGCCAACGUGGGCAGCAAAGUCCAGGCGUUUAUGCCACGGUGUUACUGGUUCUGCCUGGCAUGUUGCGAAACCGAGGGAGAAAACACCGGGAUUGACAAAUCAUCCAUCUCGAAUAUGGGGGAGCUGGCGAUUGAGAGGAAUGGCAUGAGGAGGUAG